AUGAUCAACGCAGUGCUUGUCUUCAAUAACAAUGGCCAGCCACGGCUGACCAAAUUCUACACCCAGCUGGACACUCAAACACAGCAAUCUCUCAUCGCGCAAAUCUACAAGCUUGUUGCGCAGCGACCAGCAAGCGCAUGCAACUUCCUCCCCCUGCCUCCGCUCCUCUCCCAGGGUGCUAGCUCCGGGGCCACCGGACCCUCUGAUGCGCCCACGCAGAUCACAUACCGCACCUAUGCUACCUUAUCAUUCAUUAUGAUAUCUACAUCCAUGGAAUCACCGCUCGCCCUCAUCGACUUGAUCCAGGUCUUUGUGGAGUCAUUGGAUCGCAUGUUUGAGAAUGUCUGCGAACUCGAUCUAAUCUUCGGUUACGAGACCAUGCAUGCUGUCCUGAGUGAGAUGAUUGUUGGAGGUGUCGUGGUCGAGACAAGUACCGAGAGGAUCGUUACAGCUGUGCGCAAUCAAGAAGGUAACGCAGGAAAGAGGAAGGCUGUUCAAGCGGCGAGUACUAGUCUCGGGCGCGGUGCGCUUCCGAGUCUAGGGGGUUGGCGGUGA